GCAUAAACUUGAAGCUAAAACUUAGCACAGAUUUUUACAUUUUUGUGUAAGGAGUUAUCAGUCAUGGGUUAUCCAGGGGAAGGGAAUAACAUGUCGAACUAUGGCAUGAAGGAACCUACACCCGAGGAAUUAAAACUGCUUUGGGAAGAGAUUGUUGGGAAAGAGAGAAGUAUUCGUGCCAAUCACUUAGCAACAAAGGGGGCGGGGUCUGGUGAGCAGUGGCCAGGAAUCAAAGGUCAGAUACCUACGGAGGAGCAAAUGGCAAAAGAGCUUACUUAUUUCAACAAUAAUAAAGAGCACGGACCCAACUCAACCUAUGACAGACUGUUCCAUGUGAGGGUAGGAUUCGAGAGUAAAUUACACCGAGAUGACAGAGAGCACACGAUAGGUCUUAAUGUCCACCAAGAGGAGUCUAAAAAAGCGAUUCCAGUUUUAUCCUCAUCUGCUUACGGUCAUCGUUUGGCACUUGAGGAGCCUUGUCGUCAACAUGUCAGGAUUGAAAGAGUCAUGAAAGGUUUCUAUCGGACACGGGGAACAAAUUUGCCAGAGUAUGGCUCAGAAAACUAGUUGAAUUUCUGAAGGAUAUAAAAGUAAAAGAGAAUUUCUGCCACCAAAAAGUUUCUACUUUCCAUUUUGCACAGAAACUGAAAAAGGAAAAGAAAUUGCAAGUAAUUUAAAGAAACUCAUUUUGUGAUGUUGUCCUUUGAUUUACAAAAUGACUGUUUGGAAGUCAUAGUGCAAUAGUUAAAAAUGUUUAAACAAGUGAAAAGUAAACAAAGUUGAAAUAGGCCCAAUCAAUUGAUUUGUUUUUCAAAGUUAAAUUUUGUCUUCAGAUGUUAGUCUAAUUAAGUCUUGCCACAAACUUUAUAAGGCCGUUUCUGAAGUAGCGGCUAAGGCUGUGGCUUGGCCACCAUGUCAUCAUGCAUAUGCUGCCCUUGGCAACACCCUUAGCAACACCAUAGCUGUAGCCGCUAAUUCAGACACUACCUAACACUGGUGCUAGAGUAUUCAUGGAUAUACAUUUAGUUGUUUGGUGAAUAAUAAUUUCAAAUUAGUAGAUGAAUUGCAUCAAAGGCAAGGUAUACUUUUGAUAAUUGUCAAAGGCCAGUAUCCUCACUUGGUGUCUCUCAACAUAAAAAACCUGCAUGAAAAUUUUGGUUCAAUUGGUCAUCAAAGUUGCAAGUAAAUAAUGAAAGAAAAUUCCCAUUGUUGCGUUGAGCUGUGCGCUUUCAGAUGCCUAAGAAAAAAUACAUGUACCUCAUUUUCUUAAACAAUAUCACGUUUAAAGGGAUGGUUUCUAACAAUGUUUUAUAAUAUCACCACAUCUCCAGUGCAAAGAUUUUUGAACUUUUGAUGGAAUAUUAGAGCAAUUACCAAAGGUAUACCUUCCCUUUAAGUUCAUACUUCCACCUUGAUGUUUACUUCACAGAGGUGACAAGAGCAAUUGCUCCUUGAGCUGUUUCAGUACAAACUUUAACUUUCCUCACAGAGGUGAAAUUUUUUGAAGACAAAUGUCUUGUCCUGUAGAAGAAUGAAGCCUCAAGCCUGUACAUGUCAACAUUUACAACAGUAUUAAAAUCUUGUUCCUGAUUCUUGUUACAAUUGUAAUAUUUCACUUAUUUAUGAACUUGAGUAGAUAGACAAGAAUAAACAAAUAAAAGUUUUGAAAAUGUGA